AUGGCUGCCGUCUGCCCCGACGGUGUCUGGCUCCCGCCCCGCCGCCGUCUUACCGCCGGGCGCCCGCUGCUGCGCUUCGCCCUCUGCCUCCUGUGCUGCGGCCCGGCGGCUGUGGGCGCCGUCCCCGAGAUCGGGCUCUGGACCGCGACGAUCAGUGACAAAUCAGGACCUUUGAUAUUUAGGAAAACCAUGUUUAACUCUACUGAGAUCAAGUUUUCUGUGAAGUCAUUCAACUGCCCCGGGCCCGUGAAGUUUUCCAUCGAGUGGCACUUGGAGCGUCAUACCUGUCACAGUGAAUAUUCUGAGUUGGAAGAGCUGUCACAGAAACAUGAACUUCAGGUCACUGAAGACUUUUGUGCUCAUUAUUUCAAGAACAGUGAAUGCUGGACAACAAAAAAUGAAAAUGUAGAGUGCAGCAGUGAUUUACAGGUGUUUCCCCCAUUGAAUAAUAAACAACUAAUAUCAAAUACUGGAAAUGUUUCAAACCAGGAAGGAUCAACAGAUGUUGUAGCCAAAACACAAAGAGAUGGGUUUCAUAUCUUUAUUGUUUCUGUUAAAACAGAAAAAACAGAUGCAAGCUGGAGUUUGAACGUUUCUCUUUCUAUGUUGGGACCUUAUGGAUAUAUCUCUGCAUCAGAUUGGCCUCUAAUGAUUUUCUACAUGGUGAUGUGUAUUGUUUAUAUCUUAUAUGGUGUUCUGUGGCUGAUGUGGUCUGCCUGUUACUGGAAAGAUAUAUUAAGAAUCCAGUUCUGGAUUGCAGCUGUUAUUUUCCUGGGAAUGCUUGAAAAAGCAGUUUUUUAUGCUGAAUACCAAAACAUCAACAGCACUGGGCUAUCAACCCAAGGGUUACUGAUAUUUGCGGAGUUGAUAUCUGCGAUUAAGAGGACUCUGGCUCGCCUCCUGGUGAUCAUCGUGAGCUUGGGAUAUGGCAUCGUAAAGCCUCGUCUAGGAACCGUCAUGCACCGGGUCAUUGGAUUGGGGGUUCUUUAUUUUAUCUUUGCGGCUAUUGAAGGCGUGAUGAGAGUCAUUGGGGCACAUGACUCUGACCUUGUGCUUCUGGCCAGCCUGCCUCUGUCUCUUCUUGACUCUGGCUUGUGCUGGUGGAUAUCCUUUUCCAGCCACGGCAGCAGCGCUUUGGCACAAACUAUGAAGACUCUCAGACUAAGAAAGAACACAGUAAAAUUUUCUUUAUACAGGCACUUUACAAAUACCCUGAUCUUUGCCAUACUGGCAUCUGUAGUGUUUAUGGUGUGGACAACUAAGACAUUUAGGUUUGCAAAAUGUCAAUCAGAUUGGAUGGAACGCUGGGUUGAUGAUGCAUUUUGGAGCUUCCUUUUCUCACUUAUUCUUAUUGUCAUAAUGUUUUUGUGGAGACCAUCAGCAAAUAAUCAGAGAUAUGCCUUCAUGCCUUUAAUAGAUGAUUCUGAUGAUGAAAUUGAAGAAUUCAUGGUAACAUCUGAAAAUUUAACUGAAGGAAUAAAAUUAAGAGCCUCAAAAACAGUUUCCAAUGGAACAGCUAAACCUGCUACUUCUGAUAAUUUUGGUGAAGAUUUGAAGUGGGUGGAGGAAAAUAUUCCCUCUUCAUUCACAGAUGUAGCUCUUCCAGUGUUAGUGGAUUCAGAUGAGGAAAUUAUGACCAGAUCUGAAAUGGCAGAAAAAAUGUUCUCUUCUGAAAAAAUAAUGUGA